AUGGCGCGGUCAUCAGGUGGCGGUCACCAGGAGCGGUGUACCGCGCCCGGUCCCGCGUCUUCGACAAGACCCGCCGCUUCCAGGCAUCAGCGCGGCGAGGUCAAGGCCGGCGACAUCGUGAUCAUCCGCUACGAGGGCCCCAAGGGCGGCCCUGGCAUGCAGGAAAUGCUCGGGGUGACUGCCGCCAUCGUUGGUCAGGGUCUGGGCGACGACGUUGCGCUGGUAACCGACGGCCGCUUCUCCGGCGCCAGCCACGGCCAUGGUCGGUCACGUAGCCCCCCGAGGCGCGGUGUGGGCCCCAUCGCGCUGCUGCGGGUGGGGACGAAGUGUCACUCUCGACAUCCCGGCCCGCCAGCUCAACGUCAAGCUCACCGAGGAGAACUGACCGACGCCGCGCCACUGGCACCCCUCCCUCCCAACUACACCACCGGCGCCCUGGCCAAGUACGCCAAGCUGGCAUCGUCAGCAUCCGAGGGCGCCGUAACUCGGUAG